AUGACGGAUCAGAGAGAAGUGGGUCAGGUCACACCUUCUUCCCCCUUUCUUUCCCAGGUCCGAUUCAUUCUGGAAACAGCCACCCCAGAAAGAAGCCCCCCGCAGCGCCUUCCUCCAUCUCCCUGGGACCAGAGGCCAGGAGAGCUUCCCAUCACAGCCUCUCCGGGCGCCAUCACUCUCAAAGAGGCGGAACCCAUCACCUUGCUGCAGGUUGAAGGCGAGCGAGAUCUGCCUGAAAUCACAGUCCAGGAAAUCGACAUGCUGAUGGAUCAAGGGGAUUUCCUGGUGUCUGGGGAAGGGAAGCCUCGCCGGAUUUCCUCCAGAAAAAGGCGAGCAGAAGAAGAGUCGGCCGAGGGAGUCAGAGAACAGGAGCUGUUGGCCUCCACUGGGCUGUCGCCUCCCACAAGGAUUGGGGAGGAGCCGCCUGCUGCGAGGGAAGCAGGAGAACUUCUGUUGACCGACAAGAUCCAGCCCCUAGGAGAACCCCCUCUGCUGCCUUUGGAGACGACCCCCUUCCAAGAGGGACCCAGGUUGCCGCCUUCUCCCCAACUGACCCCUCUCCGCCCCCAGAUGAAGCGCCGCUCCCCUCCAAGCCCCGAGCUCCAGCUGCCCCCGUACGAGCCGUCCUUUCUGCAGCCCGGCAGGCGGCGGAAGCAGCUGCGCUUCUUGGAUCCGGUGACCCAGAUUUCCGCGGAAGAUUUCCAGAAGCAGAUCUUGGACCGGCAGGGACAGUGUCAGCCCCUGGAGACUGUGCUGUUGCCUCUGAAGAGGUUGAAGACUGCAGAGGAGCUCUUGGGAGCGCCCACCUACGGAUGGAUGCACCCCGCCCUCCAGGGCCUCUGGGCCCGCUGCGCCAAGCGCCAGCGCGUAGACUACGCCAAGCAGCGAGCAGCAGAGGAAACGCAGAGGAGGAGGGAGGAGGAGGAAGAAGUGCAGAGGGCCGAGGUUCCCAGUGAGCUGGAGGAGCUUCGAGCAGCUGAGGAGCCGAGCAUUCCACCUGUCGGUUCGUCAGAGAUUUCCCUCGAGACGACCGAAGAAGAAUCUCGGCCGAGUUUUGUGGUAGCAGAGGAGAGGGUCCUCCUGGAACCAGAGGAAGCGGCGCUGCCCAUCGUUCCUGAGCUCCCGGAAAUAAGUUUCGAGCUGCCCUUGGAUAAGAAUGUGUUCACGGAGGACUACGUGCGAAGGUUGAUUGCUGCCAGACUAGAACAGGCCGGAGUCACAGAAUUUGACCAGCUCCUGCCCCGGGCCGUUUCGCGGGCUGUUGCCAGCCGGUUUUUCUUUACAUGUUUGGUGCUGGCGGCAGCCCAGUUCAUACACCUGGAGCAAGCAGAAGCCUACGGACGGAUUGUCAUCACCCCUGGAGCCCGUUUCCACCAAGGCUAGCGAGACCCUGUUGUUCCUGCUACAGAUCUUUGCCCUGUGGAGGGUGCCGUUGGUGUCCCAACGUGGGGGGGGCACACCUCUAGGAGCUGGAGAACUGCUUCCUUUGUCAAACAGUUGUACAUUUUUUUUAA